CUUUCUCAAUUUCCCGCCCAAAUCCAAAAAUUUCAACUUCAGUUUUCCCUCUUUUUUUUUUCACCUUCUCAGUCUAUAGUAUCUACUCUAAAAAUCCCUAAUUUCAGCUCCAAUUCUCCGCCAUUUUUACUCCUCAAUCAGCAUCAAAUUCCUGCAAAGUUCUAUCCGAAAAUGUCCAUCAACGAUUCAAUCAACUACUCAAAAACCCAAAGAAUCGUCCUAUUAAUCGAUAUUUACCCUUUAAUCAAAAGCCCUAAUUCUUCUGCUUACCGCAAUUCUCUUUUAAUUUCUGCCAAAAAACUCCUCUCAUUUCUCCCGAUUGCUAAUUCUCUGUCCUCCUUCAAGCUUUUCUUCUCCUCGUUAUCCCCUCUUCUUUCUACAUCUUUGCUCCCUAAUUUUCAAAGAUUGUUGUAUAACCCUAAUUCCCUUUCGUUCAAUUCCUCAAAUGAAACCCUAAAUUUACUUUCUAAAACCCUUGAUUUAGUUCAUAAUUCGGCGAAUUCUUCAGGCUUGGGUUCGAGAGUUUCGUAUGUAUCGAGCUCAAUGGCGCAGGUAAUUCAUGAUUAUAGUUGGGAUUUAUGUGAUGAUUCUGAUAUUUUAGGACUUGUUAGGUCGAAUGUGGUUGUAUUGUUUUCGCCUAUUUGUAGAUCAUUAAAUGAUUUGCGUGAUUUUAUGGGUUUUGACGAUGAUUUGAUUAAUGAACAUGUUUUUUGUGAGAGUUUCAAAGGGUUUUUUGGUCAAAUUAAAGAUGCUUUUGUUAGUAGGGAUAUUCAUGUUUGUUGGGUGGAUGUAAGAUGUGAUAAUGAAUCAGGGCAUGAUAACAAGAUGUUAAAUGUUGAUGAAUUUGCUAAAUUGGUGGGGUGGUUUCAGAAUGGGGUAAAGAGUUUAGGUUGGGGUUUUUGUUCCAGUGAUUCAGUUGUGUUGGGUUCAGCUCUUGUUCCAUUCGGGUUGAUUUAUCCAAUGAUUGGAGUUUCAUCUAGUUAUAAUAGUGGAACAAAUGAUAAUUGUAAGAAAUUAUGUGGACAAUUGAAUCUUGAAAUUUUGGAUGUGCGAGGGAACUCUUUGGAAUGCAGAUAUUGUGAUCUUCAAUUACUAAAUGUUAGAACAUUGCGCGGGCAUAGGCUUAGCAGCCUUUCGCUCACCGGGAAGUAUGGAAAACCAGGAGGGGAAGUUCAUCAAGGUUGCUGUGGAAUUUGGGAGAGUUUUGGUGAUGGUGUUGUGAAGAUUGAUGUAAAAACUCUUUGUAGAUAUGAUGAAUUAAGGAACAUUGAAUUGUCUGAUGCAGUACUAGUUGAUGAGUUCCCGAUAGAUUUAAAUAAAAAGAAAGAGGAAUCAUCUGCUGAAUUCUUUGCUGAUAAAGUUCUAGACCUUCUUUUAGAAGAUUCAGGAAGGUUUAUAAAGAGGAAAUCACCUCCACUGUGGCAAGUUUUUUUGAGCUUUCUAUAUAGGAAAGAUUCUUGGGCAUUGUUGAAUCUCUCAAAAGCCAAUGGAAGCAUAGUAACCAUGGGUGUUCUCAAGCCUAUUACUAUUCAUUCAGCUUAUAUUUUUGUUUUGAAAAGUAAGGUUGACCGCCAAAUCGGAAUGCUAGUUGGUAAAACUGAACAGAACCUUGGACAUGGUAAUUUAGAAACAGGUGAUAAAACUGUUGGAUUUCAUACUAGUAAGGAUACUUCAAGUGAAAUGUGUAAAAAUGAGAGUAGAAGAAAGCAUAGAAAGCACCGUUUCAGGUACAAGGAUCUUUCUUGGAGCACUUUCUGCAAAGCAGCCUUUGAACUCAAUGAGAUGGAACUUGAAGAAGCUUACUUUUCAAUGGGAUGUGAUAUUCCAAAGAAAUUGAAGUUUUUUAGAUGUUGGAUGAAACAGGUAGUUGAAAACAAGUCAUCUCUUCCACUUAAAUCAGACACUCUAGAAGUUCUUGAGAAAAUGGAUGAGAGAUUAUAUCAAUUGCAUCCAGAAAGUCAACAGCCUCUUCCUCAGUUAGCUUGUGAACAUUCUGUUAAAGAGGCUCCUCAAAUAGAAGAAGCUGGAGCUACUUCGCAAGAAGCUGUAGAAGCUUUCUUCAGUGACUUGCCUCAAAGAAUCCAACAUGGGCUUGCAUCAGGAGUCGACUUGGUGGCUUUUGCACAGCGGGUUGUUCAUUCUUGUAUCUAUUGGUUUAGGAAAAGCUUGGGAACUGAUAUUAGAGAAGAAAGUCAAGUGUCUAUUGAAAAAUCUGAUGGUAGCAGUUAUGCUGGGUCGGUGGCUGGCGAGCUUGCCAAAAUUCUACUUAUUGAUCCAAAGGACCUAGCAGGAAAGCACAAGGUUGGUGAUCAAUCUUCUAAAGCGCCAGAAGAACAAUUAUUGCAAAUUCCCUCUGCAGAUAGAGUUAGAGAAUAUGAACUGCAGAUUUUGUUUCGGAUGGAGAUUCUUCAAUCAGAGAUUGUAACUGGUUUAAAAGAUUCUGUUAAGCUUAAAUUUGUUAAGCAGAUUUGCCGUCUCUUAGAAUUUAUCCAAUGUAACAAAGAGGACGGAUUUUUUGGAGAUUUCAACCUUAAUGACUAUGUUAGCAGGACUAUCAAAAGCAGGUAUUCGCAGAAACUUGGGGAUGUUGUCCACAGAAUUUGUGAUCAAAUGGAUCUUUUGUUGUUUGACAAUGAUGAUGAUGAAUCCCCUAAUCUCCUACUCAACAGUGAAGAUAGCAGUCAGUCAUGGAGAAUUGGGGAUAAUGACAGAGGAAGUGAGCCCAAUUCUACUGAUGAUUCAUUUAACACUGGUAGUAAUAAUCAUGACCGUAAGUUGGUUGAAGCUCAAGAGAGAAGAGCAAGGGCUUCAAGGCUCGCAUCUUUUACAAGAAGAGCCAUGCCAGAACUGCAAAGAGUAUGGGCCCCUAAGCCGUCACAGUUAUCCAGGUCAAAAUCAGACUCUUCCCGUAGAUCUAAGAGGAAGCACAGACACAAAGAAAGGUAUGAUAUGGUCUGCGAAACCCCAAUUAGUGCGCCCAAAAAAUGCUUAUUCCCUGCAGACACCGGUGUUGGUGGCAACGAGUUUAGAGCGCUAGGCGGAAGUUCAGAUGGUCCUAUUCACAGGGCUUUGUUUCAGGAUGACGAAACAUGGCAUGAUGAUUUGGGGCUUUGAUUUCUAAGCUAUAAUGCAAAGGAAUAGCCUUCGUAUUAGCGAACUUAGACACAACAGAUAACAGUGUAUAGCUAUAGCUUGGUCUAGAGCACAAUCGGACAAGAUACACUCACAAGUCACAACUGUCUGUAUACGCAAUUUUAUUUGACAGUCCUUAUUGUAUCCAUAAGUGUAUAAUUAGAUAUUUUAGCAGUAUAGGCGUUUGAAACCUUGUAAGUUAUAAUUUGUUAAUAAUAUGCAUAAACACGUUUAGUUACUCAAUGGGGAUCGAAAAUUA